UAUUCUCGUUUGAACCAUUGAAUACGAUAUUUCAAUUGAACAAAGUGGUAUAUACAUUUAUUAAUUAUGUAACUUGAUGAAAUUAUUAAUAAGUAAAAAUAAAACAGCGCAUUUUGUAAAAAAUUAUCGCAAAAUAAAUACGUUAAAAAGUUUAAUACAUCUAUUCAAGGAAACCAGCAAGGUUACGUCAGAUAUAUAUUUCCAAAUUAUGGAAAAUUAAACGACAGAACGGGUGCCUCGGGCAAGAUAAAUCCGCCUGUUUUCCUUAUCAAGAUUAUUGUAGUGAUAAAAAUAUCCGAGCCAAACACAGCUAUAGUCUAUUACAUAUCACGAGGGCGCUGCGAGCGUACGUCAAAAUGUUAAGUAAAAUUUUUACCACCGUCAAAUAUACUUUAGUUGCAGUGAAUUUUCUUUUCGUGAUAACGGGCAUUAUUAUAUUGGCCGUUGGAAGUUCAGUUCAAGCUGCGUACAAUGGCUACCACCACUUUUUAUCCGAGCGGUUCUUUUCCCUUCCCGCGUUUUGUGUUGCAACGGGAGUCAUUAUUUUUAUCAUCGCUUGCGCUGGGUUCUUUGGAGCCUUCAUGGAAAACUAUUAUUUGAUAAUGGCGUUCAUUGGAGGUUUGAUCGUGAUGUUCGUUUUCCAACUCUCCGCAUGCAUUGCUGGUUAUGUUCUGAAAGGGAAUGCAUUGGCGCUUGUGCAGAAGGAAUUGUUGAACACAAUGGAUUUGUAUGGCCCUAACUUAGAGGUCACGAAAUUGUGGGAUGAAGUACAGGAUGACUUCAACUGCUGCGGCGUUCUCAACUCCAGUGACUGGAUCAUCCACCUCCAGACGGAAGAUACACUCGGUGUACCCGUUAGCUGCUGUGACCACAUCUAUGGAACCAUCCAGACUUUGACUUGUAACACCACAGUAGCGUACAGCACAGGUUGCUCUGAGGCGUUUGGUAGCUGGGUCAAGUCGCACGCUGGUACCAUCGGAAUCGCUGGUAUCUUCUUGGUGGUGAUGCAGGCUUUAGCGGUGGUUGGAGCGUUAUGGUUGGCGAAUAUAACGCGGCAAGAAAGACAAUUCCCCAAUUAGAUGUUAUGUAGACUAUAAUUCAUCAUAAUAACUUGAAAAAAAAAAACAUUGAACCCGAUUGCGUGAAAACUUUUUUGACAAUUGGCGCCAAAAAGCGGUAGUUUUAAUUUGUUACUAUGUAAUUUUUUACUUGUUUGUAAUUUCUCAUACACAAUUAAUAAGAAUCUAUCGAUAAUGUUCCAUUACGCUGGAUACUAUUGAGCAUAAUUCUAAAACAUAAUCAUUCUUUAAACGCAUUUGGGCAUUUGAUGUUUUUAGUCUUUUAGACGCUAUUUAAUCAAGUGAUUGUUUAAGUCAUUAUAUUUAGAAAUAAAUUAUAUUUGUUUGUGUU